AUGUGGCGGCUGUCAAUAGUGAUCGCUAUGAUCGUAACGGCGCGGGCCGGCCCGUACGACAGGAUGGCGGUUUCGAUGAACGACAGGACGCUGUUCAUCAGGAGCCUGCCGGGCUACCCCGGGACCAGAAGCGAUCUCUACGAGGUCUACAUGGAGCCCUAUUACUUCGCGGUCGGCUUGAAGGCCGUGGUGGAACUGAAAGCUCUCGGUGAUGACGGCUCACCGGUGGACGGACCCCGAGGGAUUCUUACGCUCGAGCAGCAUCCCGAAGGGGUCAGGAUCGCGGGUACGAUCUCGGGCUUGAGCCCGGGCUUGCACGGCUUCCACGUGCACGAGAAGGGAGACUUGACGAAGGGCUGCAGUUCGGCCGGGUCGCAUUUCAAUCCGUAUAUGGUGAAUCACGGAGCUCCCAGCGAUCCAUUGCGUCACGUCGGGGAUCUCGGGAACAUCGAGGUCGGGCAAGACGGCACGGCGCGCAUCGACGGCUUCGAUCACUACCUGAGCCUGGUGGGUGUCCGAGGUGCGAUCGGCAGGACCAUAGUGGUCCAUGAGAAAUCCGAUGACCUCGGCCGUGGCGGAACCGAGGAGAGCACGAAGACCGGAUCGGCGGGCGCCCGACUCGCCUGCGGUGUCAUCGGGUUCAUGUAAUGAGAUUUAUAAACUGCGAAUUCGACUGGCGUGCGUUGAAAGCUGCAAGGUACCGCGUGCCCGUUACGCGAAUGGUGUUCGGCGGUAAACGUCGAACGGGAAAAGAUUUCCUAGUAAAAACAAAGAUGAUCUUCUCUGUCGCGAAGUCCUAAUUGACCGUCACUCGCUCUGUGUCGCUCUUCAGCUUCCAGUUUCACGUUCUGGACAUCAGUUCGAGUAAAUUAUUUCGCGAAUUGAACAGCUCCUCCAGUCAAUUUCAACGGAAACGAUCCCGUCCACUGAGAAAUCCGAUCGACCGCCGCGCUCUUUUGCAAUUUCUCACGAAUUAAUUGUCAGACUCACAGAGACUGAACAUCAUCAGUUUGGAAAAUUUGUUAAACAUCUCUUGGAGUUAAUUCGUGACAGCGAGAUUUUGUUGUCGACUCGCGUUUCUAAGGUGUUUGCGGCUCGCUGAUGUUCUCUCUUCCUCAUUUGAACGUGGCAGAAGAAUAACCGUACAAAUCCGUGCCCAGCGGCGGCUUUCAGGCUGCGCAACGGUGCGCACUGACGCGCCCAGCCGAAUUCGCUAAAAGAGAUGUUGCACGUAUUCCGUAAUUCCGUCCACUACUAAUUUAAUUGCGUCCAUUUGUACCGAUCAAUAAAUCACGACUGUAACAGAGCACGUUUCGAGCGCAUUUUACGCACUUUCACUUGACUGAUCCUUAACUUGCCAUAGACUGCGGAAACGAAAGAGUGAGUUGCUGGUGUGUAAUAGUUUCAUAAAAAUUAAUUGUUAAUUCAAUUAAUCCAUCCUUCGGGCAUUUCACUAAUGUCGAAACAGUAGCAGCACUAUACAAUAGUAUCACACGGCAGUCGAGUAUCAACAAUAAACAAUUGUGUAUCGAAAUAA